AUGUUCAUAAACUAUGCCCACCCCGACGGCUGCGUGAAAACAAUUGGCGUGAUAAGUUCGAGCUGCGAUGAGUAUCAGAGACUGGGAGGUGCUUUCAAGCGAUCUAAGCGAGAAGGUCCGCUGGUGCUCACAGCAUUCAGUACAAUUCUAGGCUUCGCCGAACCACCCUACCGUUGCCAGUUUAAAACAGGACUACCAGUGCGUGCUUUCCCUAUGUAUGCACUAUCUGAUGAUGCCAACAGAGCCCAAUUCUGGGUGUGGAAUGAGGAUCGUACCAUAUCGCCGAGGGGUGGGCCUUUCUGGGGGCCUCUUCGACAAUUUGUAUUGGGUAUCGAUAGAAAUAAAGAUCAGUUGAUAAUUGUCAGACACGGGCAGGAUCCAGACUACGAACUCAUAUACCAAGGGGAUGUGGGUGUGUGUCCCAAUGAUCAGGCCAAGGAAUUCAAAGCCGUAGACCCCGAUUUCACAUCAUAUGGGCUUUUGCAAGUAGAUAGCCUGAACUGUGUUUAG